ACCUUUUAAAAUUGUACCACACAAAAUCAAAUACCUCAGAAUACACCUGACCAAAGAGGUAAAGGACCUAUAUGCCGAGAACUAUAAAACCUUAAUCAAAGAAAUCAAAGAAGAUGUAAAGAAAUGGAAAGAUAUUCCAUGUUCCUGGAUUGGAAAAAUCAAUAUUGUGAAAAUGGCCAUCCUACCCAAAGCAAUCUACAGAUUCAAUGCAAUCCCUAUCAAAUUACCCAUGACAUUUUUCACAGAACUAGAACAAACAAUCCAAACAUUUAUAUGGAACAACAAAAGACCCAGAAUCGCCAAAGCAAUCCUGAGAAACAAAAACCAAGCAGGAGGCAUAACUCUCCCAGACUUCAAGAAAUACUACAAAGCCACAGUCAUCAAAACAGUAUGGUACUGGUAUCAAAACAGACAGACAGUAGUGACGUGGCACGCAGCAGGCGGAGAGGACGUGCGCGCCCUCGCUCCUUCCUCUUUCUCAACUCCAUCUUCGCGGUAGCGGCAGGGGUGUCCGCGCUUCAGUCGCCAACAUGCAGCUCUUUGUCCGCGCCCAGGAGCUACAUACUCUCGAGGUGACCGGCCAGGAGACGGUCGCCCAGAUCAAGGCUCAUGUAGCCUCGUUGGAGGGCAUCGCUCCAGAAGAUCAAGUCCUGCUCUUGGCAGGCACGCCCCUGGAGGAUGAUGCCAUCCUCGGCCAGUGUGGGGUGGAGGCCCUGAGCACUCUGGAAGUAGCCGGCCGUAUGCUUGGAGGUAAAGUUCAUGGUUCCCUGGCCCGUGCUGGGAAAGUCAGAGGUCAGACUCCCAAGGUGGCCAAACAAGAGAAAAAGAAGAAGAAGACCGGCCGGGCCAAGAGACGUAUGCAAUACAACCGGCGCUUUGUCAAUGUCGUGCCCACCUUUGGCAAGAAGAAGGGACCCAAUGCCAACUCUUAAGUCCUUUGUAAUCCCAGCUUUCACUAAUAAAGCCACUUAGUCCAAUCAAAAAAAAAAAAAAAAAAA